AUGGGGACAGGGCCCCUCUUGUCCCCCAGGUCCUUCCCCAGCAACUACUGGGACAAGUUCGUCAAGAGGAAGGUGCUGGAGAAGUACGGGGACAUCUACGGGCGCGAGCGCAUCGCGGAGCUGCUGGGCAUGGAGCUGGCGAGCCUGGAGAUCGGGGCGCAGGGCGAGAGGAAGCCGCCCCCGGACAACUCCCUGCUCAGCUGCAGCACGUCCAUCGACAUCAGAUACCAGAUCUGGAAGUUCGGGGUGAUCUUCACUGAUAACUCCUUCCUCUACCUCACCUGGUACAUGGCCAUGUCCCUGCUGGGCCACUACAACAACUUCUUCUUCGCCUCCCACCUCCUGGACAUCGCCAUGGGGGUGAAGACCCUGCGCACCAUCCUGUCCUCCGUCACCCACAACGGCAAGCAGCUGGCCAUGACCGUGGGGCUGCUGGCCGUGGUCGUCUACCUCUACACCGUGGUGGCCUUCAACUUCUUCCGCAAGUUCUACAACAAGAGCGAGGACGAGGACGAGCCCGACAUGAAGUGUGACGACAUGAUGACGUGCUACCUGUUCCACAUGUACGUGGGCGUGCGGGCCGGGGGUGGCAUCGGGGACGAGAUCGAGGACCCGGCGGGGGACGAGUACGAGCUCUACCGCAUCGUCUUCGACAUCACCUUCUUCUUCUUCGUCAUCAUCAUCCUCCUGGCCAUCAUCCAGGGUCUCAUCAUCGACGCCUUCGGGGAGCUGCGGGACCAGCAGGAGCAGGUCAAGGAGGACAUGGAGACCAAGUGUUUCAUCUGCGGCAUCGGGAGCGACUACUUCGACACGACGCCCCACGGCUUCGAGACCCACACGUUGGAGGAGCACAACUUGGCCAACUACAUGUUCUUCCUGAUGUAUCUGAUCAACAAGGACGAGACGGAGCACACGGGGCAGGAAUCCUACGUCUGGAAGAUGUACCAGGAACGCUGCUGGGAUUUCUUCCCGGCCGGCGACUGCUUCCGCAAGCAGUACGAGGACCAGCUGGGCUAG